GAUGAAGAUAUAUCAGAUUUCUUUGCAAAACUUAGAUUAUAUUUGCAAAACCAAGGAGUAAAUCCAGCAGAUAAUGUAGGAGGUCUACCAACAGGAAGAGAAAUAGCUAUAGGAUAUUUAAGAGGAUAUAUGAAAGAAAGAGCUUUAGAAUAUACAGUAGUUCAAAUAGGAAAUCAAGCAUUGAAUAAGGCACUCGGCCAACCUGGUAAUACAAUAGUCAAAUUAAGAGCUGUAGAGGGUUCUUGGAAUGAAGAUUGGCGUAUAACAGGUAGUCAUUCUACUAACAUUGCAGUUAAUGCACCAAAUGCUAAUAAUACAUCUCGAGAAAUAUAUGAACCCUUACCUAUUUCAGCUCCUCAACAGCAAGGAAUUUCUUUAGAAGAUAUGCAAAAAGCAAUCCAAAACCAAGCAGUUGCUCAAAAGGCACAAGCACCAGCUUCACAAACUGUCGAACCAGUUAGACAGCCAAGAGGUCAACCACUUUCAUUACAAACAAAAAAAGGUAUAGAAAAUUAUAACUUAACACAAUAUUUAUAUAAUUUAGAUAUAUUUAGUACAGAAGAUUUUGACAGAAAUUUUUCUAUAAAGCCUUUUCAAAAACCUUGUCCAGAACAAUUUUAUUUAUCAAAUCAAAAUGCUAAAAUAGAUAGAAUAGAAUUGAAAAUAGAUGAAAUCGGUCAAAUGAUAUCUCAAUUUGGGAGGAUGAUGCUUGAAAAUCAAUCCAAAAAAUCUCCUGAAAAAUACAAUAAACUAUUACCAAAGCUUUUACCAGCAAUGCGUAAAAUAUGUCAGUCUCAUAUAGUCCAGGAAAAAGAAUUAAAAUCAGAUGAAUGGUUUUCGUCAUUGCAAUACUUGCAUUGUAAUAUAAAUGAUCUAUUGAUCACUAAUUCUUUUUUAGAUAGCACAAGUGAAUUCAGUGAAGUGAAUGAUGCAACAAUUAACACCCUGGGGUGGAGAGCUGAUAAGCCUUCUGACUUUGCUAUAAAAGGUAAUUUUAAACAUAUAUCUGAAUCAUUAGAAUGGUAUACAGAUGUGCCAAUUAGUGUAAAGGACAAAGAUAAUAAGAUUAUUCAAAAGGUUCAUGGUGUUCUUGACCCUAGUAAAAACCAAUUUCAAAUGAAGUUACAUAGGAAGACUUACACUAUUCCAACUUUUAGUAAGCCUCCAAGACAACUUAUAAAGACUGAAGAAUGGCUUGAUAUGGCUUUAAACAUAAUAGAUUCUGACAAACAAAUCAAUUUCUUUCACAGAUUAGAAUUCUAUUCCAAGAUUCAAAUUAUAUCAGAUAUGAAAAAUCUAGAAAACAAAGCAAUUAUUAAAAAGAAAUUUAUUAGAGCUCUUGAUUAUGCAGAAUAUCUUAAAAAAAAUUGA